AUGGAGCGGGACAAGGCCACAGGGGCAGGUAGCGGGAUGUUUUUGUCAUUGCUUUGGCCCCUGGUUGGCAGCACACACAAGCAGGCAGCCGUCCAUCCUCAGGAAAAGAGCCUGUGGAGGAAAUCUAUUGGGAUCUUGGCUGCCUCUGAUAUUUCGACUGCCAUUAAUGCAUGUAAAGUAAAGGAUUCCUUCAUCCCAAAUGUGUUUUUUGCAACAGUUGGCUUGUCAAAAAUGUAUUCCCCUGAGAUAGAGAAGGUUUUUAAAAUGUUGGACCAGGACAAGAGUUGGUUCAUUGAGCAAGAUGAGCUACAGUUGUUUCUGCACUACUUCUCGAAAGAGGCUCGUGUGCUUACAGCAGAUGAAACCAAGGCUUUUCUCGAGGCUGGAGACAUAAAUGGAGAUGGGAAGAUUGGAUGGGAGGAAUUAUCAGCCCUUGUUAAGGCUUCCUGA